UUACAUAAUUCCGAGCUUGAAGAUCCAAAUGUCCAAUAGAUAGUUCGUUGACAGUAUGUUCGGGUUAGAAGCAAGAAAUAAAAUGUCGUGAACCUAGAAUUAAUCAGCAAUUUUUUUAUCUAUUUUUUUAAGAACCGACCAAUUGCUUUAUUAGCAAAUAUCCGUGAUAUAUUAUGGGGAUUUUAACAUUAUGUAUAUUUUUAUUUAAACGCAAGCUGCACAGAAACUUUUAAAAUCCUUCCAUUCAGGAGGACUGAAUUUUUUCACGGUGCUGACAUGUGUGAUCCAGGAAGAGAUGAAGAGGAACGCGAUUCGCAAUGCCAGGCAUCAUUUGAUUUUUUGCAAAAGUUAGAAGACAUAUCUUUGAGAUUACUUGAUGUUGCUGAAAAGAAAGAUGAGUUUCAAGAGAAUGAGGACUUCCAGGAAAAUGAAGACAUUCAGCAACGUGAAGAUCUUCAGAAGCGAGAGGACAUCCAGCAGCGUGACGAUAUUCAGCAGCGGAAAGACAUCCAGCAGUGUGAAGAUAUUCAGCAGCGGGAGGGCAUCCAGCAGCAUGAAGAUGAUAUCCAACAGUGUGAGGAUAUCCAACAGCUUGAGAACAUCCAACAACAUGAGGACAGUCAGCAUGAUGACACCCAACAGAAUUUUGAAAGUCUGGCAAAUAAUGAAAGUCUGCGAAAUUAUGACUACCAGCUGAAUUGCAACAGUCUACCGCGUUAUGACAUCCAGCCGAAUGAUAACGUCCAACAGAAUAAUGAUAUCCAGCAAAAUCGUAACAUCCAACAAAAUUUUGGAAGCCUGUCUAGUCAUGAAACUCUGCAGAAUUAUGACCGCCAGCUGAGUUACAGCUGUCAUCAAAAUUACAACGUUCUACCGAAUUACGACAUUCAGCAGAAUAAUGACGUCCUGCAGAAUAAUGGCACCCUGCAGAAUGAUGAUGCCCAACCGAAUGAUGCCAUCCAGCAGAAUUUUGAAAAUGUGUCAAGUGAUGAAAGUCUGCAGAGUUAUGACAACCAGCUUAAUUACGGCUGUCAUCAAAUUUACAGCGGCUUGGCAAAUUAUGACACCCAGCAGAAAAAUGACGUCCAGCAGAAUGAUGACAGCCAGCAACAUAAUGACAUCCAGCAGAAUAAUGAUAUCAUACAGAAUUUUGAAAAUGUGUCAAGUGAUGAAAGUCUACAAAAUUAUGACUCUUAUGACUGCCAUCAAAUUUACAGCAGCCUGCCGAAUUAUGAUAGCCAAAUGAAUUUAAACAAUCAACAGAAUUAUGAUGGCCAGCUAAAUUACAACAAUUUAGGGAAUUUUAGCUGUCUGACUAAUUACAACAAUUUGGCGAAUUACAACAGCAUGCCGAAUUAUAGUGAAAUACCGAAUUAUAACAACCAGCUGAGUUACUGCACCCAACUGAGUUUUGGCAGCCAACUGAGCUUUGGCAGCCAACUGACCUUUGGCAGCCAGCCGAAUCAGUAUAUACAUGAAGGCAAAUACAGUGACAUUAGUAGUCCCAGUAGUGUAGAUGAAGCUCCGGAAGGAAACUUGAUACCAGAAAAUUUAGAUUUGGAAAAUUUGGGUUUGGAAGAACCGGAAUUGCCGGAACUGGAAAAGAAUGAGCAAGAAAAAUUGGAACAGAAAAAACCAGAGAAUGAACAGGUGGAGCAGAUAGAAUCAGAAAAACAAAAGGCGGGACACGAAGAACUAGAGAAGGAGAAGCAUCAGCAGGAAAAACCAGGGAAGGAAGAGCAGGAGCAGGAAAAACCAGGGAAGGAAGAGCAAGAGCAGGAAAAACCAGGGAAGGAAGAGCAAGAGCAGGAAAAACCAGGGGAGGAAGAGCAAGAGCAGGAAAAACCGGAGCAGAAGAAACCAGAAAAGGAGUCUUUAAUCUUAAAAAUUUUUGUGAGACGAGAAAAUAACAAAAAGAUAUAUGAGCUUAAAAAUAAGAAUCAUUGUGAUAAUACACGGCACAUUGCAGGUAGUUCACAUACAAGACCAACACACGAUAAAAGUGCGAGCAAAAAGAAGGGGACUUUAAGUGGAGAAACCAAAAAAGCGUCUUACGGUGGAAAAAGCAAAAUACAUCAUGAACAAGAGAGGCACUCAGAAAAGAAAUCAAAUACUAAUUCUAAAAAAUUGGAAGAAAUUGAGAAAACAACUAAAACAAACCUCUCGGAAACAAGAAGAAAGGAAUCAAAAAGUAAAAAUUCUCCAAGAAGACAGGAACAAAAAUCCAAGCAUUCCCAUAAAAGACAGUCUAAUUCUGGCAAAGCUACAUCUCAGGAAAAGGACUUGACGACAGUGGAUCUUCUCAGAGAGCAGAAACGAUCGUCUGAAAAAACAGAUGCGAAAUCUAAGCAUGAAUCUUCUUGUAAAGAAACGGAUCAACCUCUAGUAGAAAAUAUGGAUUUACUUGAAUCUCUUGAACGUGCACUGGAAGAAAGUAUUAAAUCACAAACCACUUCCAUCAAUGAAGGGAACACAGAAGCCACAACUACUGAAUUAACCAAAAAUAAAGAUUCUUCUGGAAGUCAACAGCAAUAUCUUCAUGAAUGUCAAGUAGAAGAAUCAAGCUCUAAAUGUAAAUUCUGUUUUAAAGAAAUGGGCCAAGCAGAAGAAAUGAAUGACUCGACAGAAGAGAUGGAUUUUCUUGGAUCAUUGGAUCGUUAUUUUGAUAAAUGGAUGGCAGCUCAAAGAAUAUCACCUAGCAGAUUGGAUCAAUUUGAAUCAAUAAAAAAUAAGAAUUCUCCUGAAAAACAGGAAGAAAAUAUUGAGCAUUCUCAAAGAAAACAGCUCAGUUCAUCAAGUGAAGCCAUUUCUAAGAAACAUGACCAAAUCCAAAUAGAAAAUGUGACUUCUCCUGAAGUUGCUGACAGUAGUAUAAAGUCAUCUGAGAUAAGAGAAUCGGUUUCAUUGAGAAAACCUGGAAAACAAGAUUUGAAACAAACGAAAAAGAAGGUUCCUUCUUUGGAUUUUGAUCAGUCUUUUAUGUCACCUGGUAGAACUACAUUAGCUGAACAAGUAAGCUCAAUGAGAUUGGAUCCAGAACAAAGUCUAACUUCGAAGUAUGAUAACAAAAACAACGAAUCUUUUGAAGAAGAAAGUAUGGAAUCUGCCACUGGAAAGAAAACUCAAGAAAUAAAACACAUGGAGAGUCAUCAAAGUGGCAUAACCUUUGAAGAAGAUAUGUUACUUUUAGUGGAUCAAAUAACGUCACUGACAUUGGGAUCACAAGAAAAAGGUUGUCCCGAGAAUGAAAACUUUACCCCAAGAAGAAAAAAUAAAUUUGAAGUAAUGCAUUUGACAUCUGAGAGAAAAGUAAAGAAAAAGAAGAAGAAGAAGAAGUCUUCCAGAAGAUCUGACUCUUCCAGAAGGUCUUCCGGAAGCUUGAAGACAUCUGAGAGAUCAAAGUCCUGUUCUCCAUUGAAAAUGGUUUCAGAAAGUAUACAAAUAAAGCAAAUAAAACAUAAGGACCUUCUUGAAAAAUUUGAAAGAAAUAGUGCAAUUUCAAUGAAGAAAGCACAUCCUGUAGAAUCUGAUAAAAACAGGAAAGAAAAUAAGAUUUCUUCAUCGGGUUCUGAUCAAAAUCUUAUGUCACCGGACCGAACGUUAGCCGACAAAGUUAGCUCAAUGAAAUUAGACUCAAGAAGAAAGGAUUCUCCCAAAAGGCAUGAGCAAAGUGUUCGAUCACCUCAGAAAAUGCAACCAAAUUCUACAAACAAUACCCAAUCCGGAAACCUGGAUACAGAGCCCAUAGCGUUCCCUAGAAUUAAGGAUAAAAAGCCUAAGACUACUGAAGAAUCGGAAGUGGUGUUAGAUGGUAAAGCAUCAUCAAAAGACAAAAGCACAAAACAGAAAUCCCAUGAGAAUCAUUCUGAAAGCAUAAAGAAAAGCACUAAAGAGUCAAAAGAGCAAAAUGUGGAAUUUUCAUCUGCAAAAACGUUAGAGGAAAAAGAAAAGAAGAAAACUAAAAAGAAGUCCUCCCGAAAGUCUGAUGGGAUUAAUGUAAUAAAUGAUGAGAUUAUUACUUCUUCUCCAAAUAAAAUCACCUUUAAGGAAAUACAAGUAAAGCCUAUAAAAACCAAGGAUAUUCAUGAAAAAUUUGAAAGAAUGCAUGUGCAGUCUGUAAAUAAAACUAAUAAUGGGGAUGUGGAUCUGAAGCACAAAGAAAACAAGAAAUCGUGUAAAUCUGACCGAAGUCGUACGACAAGUGAAGAAGUACGGUUUAUCUCUCCAGCUCCAAUGAGUUCUCAAGACAUAAAAGAAACACUUAUAAAAAAUAAGCGCCUUUCUGAAGAUGUUGAAAAGAAACAUUUGGAUCCUUUGAGUAAAUCAAAUUCCAAGGUAACAAGUCAAAAGCAAAAAGACAAAAAGGAUAUCUCUGGAACAUUUGACGAUUCUAAAAACAAAUCAAAAUCAAGAGAAUCAAGUAAAAUCCGUAAAGGAGCUAAAACUCUGCCACCAGAUUUAACACCAUUUGAUUCUACAAACAAAUCAGAAUCAAAUAACAAGAAAAAACAGCCUAAAGCUGUGCCUCCAGAUUUAACAUUAGCAAGCAAAUUAACAUCAGUAGAAUCGCGUAAAAAAAGUCUAGAGACUAAGCCUAUGCUACCAGGCUGUUCUGUAGACAAAUUAAAAUCAAUUCAGAAGCGGAAGGACCUUAAAGUUAUGCCACCAGAUUUAACUCCGGGUGAUUCAGCAAAGAAAUCGAAAUUAGGGGAAUUAAGUAAAAGACAAAGUGAGGCAGAGACUAUGCCAACAGGCCUAACACCAGACUAUUGUGUUGACAAAUCUAAAUCAAGCGAAUCAAAUAAAAAAAGGAAAGACUCGAGAUCUGUACCGGCAGAUUUAAAAGCAAAUCAUUCUGCAGACAAAUCAGAAUCAAGGAAAUCAAGUGAAAAGCAUAAAGUGCCGCAAGAUUUAACUUCAGAGUGUCUUCCAAACAAAUUGGCAUCAAAAAUAUCAAUAAAAAAUAGAAAGGGGCCUAAAGCUUUUCCGCGAGAUUUAACAACAGUCGAUUCUGAAAACAGAUCGGAAACAAGUGACUCGCAUAAAAAACAAAUUGUGACUGAAACUUUGCUACCGGGCUUAACACCAGACGAUUCUUUAGACAAAUCAAGAUCAAAGGAGUCGAGACAAAAACAGAAAGACUCGAGAGCUGUGGCGCCAAAUUUAAAAGCAGACCAUUCCGCCGACAAAUCAGAAUCGAAGGAAUCAAUUGAAAAGAAAAAAGAGCCUAAGGCUGUGCGACAAGAUUUAACAGUAGACUGUCUCGCCAACAAAUUAGUAUCAAAGGAUUCAAGAAUACACAGAAAAGAGCCUAAAGCACUGCCGCCAGAUUUAACAACUAACGACUCUGAAAACAGAACGGAAACAAUGGCAUCACAUAAAAAACAAUUAGAGACUGAAUUUAUUCUACCGGGCUCAACACCAGACGAUUCUUUAGACAAAUCAAAAUCAAAGAAAACAUGUCUAAAACAAAAAGGCACGAGAGUUGUGCUGCCAGAUUUAAAAACAGAUCGUUCUGCCGACAAGUCAGAAUCAAGGCGAUUAACUCAAAAGCAAAGGCAGCCUAAGGCUAUGCCAUCAGAUUUUAAAGCAGACCAUUCUGCCGACAAAUCAGAAUCAAGACAAUCCGAUCAAAAGCAAAGAGAGCCUAUGGCUGUGCCACAAGAUUUAACAUUAGACUGUCUCGCCAACAAAUUAGUAUCAAAGGAUUCAAGAAUACACAGAAAAGAGCCUAAAGCACUGCCGCCAGAUUUAACAACUAGCGACUCUGAAAACAGAACGGAAACAAUGGAAUCACAUAAAAAAAAAUUAGAGACUGAAUUUAUGCUACCGGGCUCAACACCAGACGAUUCUUUAGACAAAUCAAAAUCAAAGAAAACAUGUCUAAAACAAAAAGGCACGAGAGUUGUGCUGCCAGAUUUAAAAACAGAUCGUUCUGCCGACAAGUCAGAAUCAAGGCGAUUAACUCAAAAGCAAAGGCAGCCUAAGGCUAUGCCAGGAGAUUUAAAAGCAGACCAUUCUGCCGACAAAUCAGAAUCAAGAGAAUCCAAUCAGAAGGAAAGAGAGCCGAAGGCUGUGCUGCAAGAUUCAACAUUAGACUCUCACGCCAAUAAAUUAGUAUCAAAAGUUUCAAGAAAAAACCGAAAAGAACCUAAAGCUCUGCCGCCAGAUUUAGACGAUUCUGAAAACAGAUCGGAAACAACGGAAUCACAUAAAAAGAAAAUAGAGACUGAAACUAUGCUACCGGGCUCAACACCAGACAAUUCUUUAGACAAAUCAAAAUCAAGGGAAAUCAAUCAAUCGAGUCAAAAUAAAAAAGACACGAGAGCUGUGGCGCCAGACUUAAAAGCAGACCAUUCUGCCGAUAAAUCAGAAUCGAGGGAAUCCAGAAAAAAACGUAGGGAGUCUAAAGCUCUGUUGCUAGAUUCAACAACAGAUGAUUCUCCAAAGAAAUCAAAAUCAAGGGAAACAAGUCAAAAGCGAUACCAGACGAAAGCUGUUCCGCCAAAUUUAACACCAUAUGAUUCGGUAAACAAAUUGAAAUCUGGAGAAUUGAAUCAAAAUAAAAAAGUGAUCAAAGCUGUGCCGUCAGAUUUAAAAUUAUACUCUAUUCAAAGUAAAUUAGCAUCAAGUGAAUCACGUAAAAACCUAAAGAAGACGAAAGCUGUUCCACCAGUUUUAAAAUUAGACAAAAAUAAGUCAACAUCAAAUCAGUCUAGUCAAAAUCAAAAAGAGAUUAAUUCUAUGCCUCCAGAUUUAACACUAGAUAAUUGCACAAACAAACCAAAAUCAAGGGAAGCAAGUCAAAAGCGAGCAGGGACUAAAACUAGGUCGCCAAAUUUAACACCAGACGAUUCUGCGGACAAAUCAGAAGCAAGGGAAUCAAGUCAAAACCGACGAGAGCCUACAGCUGUGUUUCCAGGUUUAACAUUAGAUGGUUCGGCAAACAAGUCAAAAUCAAGGGAAUCUAGACAAAGAAAAAAAGACUCUAAAUCUGUGCCGCUAGCUUUAAAAUCAGUUGAUUUUGCAAAUAAAUCAGUAUCAAAGGACUCCAGUCAAAUGCAAAAGGAUACUAAAUAUAUGCUUCCAGAUUUAACACUUGAUGAUUUGGCAAAUAAACCAAAAUCAAAGGAAUCAAAUCAAGAACGUGAAGAACCUAAAGUUAUGGUGUCAGAUUUAAAACAUGACGAUUCUGCAGAUGAUUGCAAAUCCAUGGAAGCAAGUGAUAAGCAAAAAAGGCCCGUAACUUUACCGCCGGAUUUCACAGCAGAAAAUUCUGCAAACAAUUCAGGAUCAAAGGAAUUGAUUCAAGCUCAAAAAGAAACUAAAACUAUGCCCCCAGAUUUAACAUUAGAGGAUUCUGCAAAUAUAUCAAAAUCUAGGAAAUCUUGCCAAAAUCGAAUAGAGGCUAAUCAUAUGCCUCCAAGUUUAGCACCAGUGGAUUUUGCAGCUAAAGUAGGAGUUCUGGAAACAAGUCAAAAGCAUCCUGAAAAUAAGGCCAUUUUAGAGUUGACACAUCUGGAUUCUACAAAGAAAGCAGUGCCCAAAAAAGCAAGUAAAAAACAAAAAGAAGUUAAGAGCAAUUCUGGAAAAUUUGAAUCAAUGCCAGAAGAUUUUUCAAAUAAGCCGGGAUCUAAAAAUUCGAGUCAAAAGCCGAUAGAAAAUAAGAAAAUUUCUAGAAAAUUUCAAUCAGCAUCUGAAGAUUUUACACAUAAAUCAAGAUCCAAAGAUUUAAGUCAAAAACGAGCAGAGAAUAAGGAAAUUUCUGGAAAAUUUGAAUCAACAGUAAGUGAUUCUGCAAUCAAAUCAAAUGCUAAAACAAUUGAUGAAAAACUAGCAGAGAAGAAGGAAAUCUCCGGUAAAAUCGAAUUAACACAAAGGGAUUCUACAGAUAAACUAAGCACCAAUGAGGAUGCUGGUCGAAACCAAAAGGAAAUUAAGGAUGUUUCUGGAAAAUUUGAUUUACCAUCAGACGAUUUGGCCAAUAAAUCAACAUCAAAGAAAUCUGGGCGAAAACAAUCAAUUUCUGGGAGAAUACAGGCUGCAAUUCUGGAAUAUUUAAAGAAAUAUCCUUUGAUUGAACCUGUUGUUUUACGUGAAAAACAAAAAAAGGAUAUAUCUGAAAGGCUUGGACCAUUACCAGAUGAUCCUACAACUGAAGAAGGACCUGUGGAAUACGAUCCAGAGAUGCAUAAGGAAAUUUCUGGAAAUUUUCAAUCAACACUAGAAGAAUCUACUAGUAAAUCAAGAUCCAGAAAUUUAAGUCAACAACGGAAAAAGAAGAAGGAUAUAUAUGGGAAAUUGUAUACACCACCUUGCGAUUCGAUAAAUAAAUCAAAAUCUGGAAAAUCAAGCCAGAAACGAAAGGAAAAUAAGAAUGUUUCCCAAAAAUAUAAAUUGCCACCAAAUGAUUAUGGAAAUAAAGCAAGACCAUUGGAAUCAAAACAGAAACGAACAAAGAAUAAGAAUUUAACUGGAAGGUCUGAAUUAUUGCUAGAUGAUUCUACAGAUAAAUCAAGAUCAAACGAACCCAAAAAGCGAUCAAAUAAUAAGGAUAUUGCCAGACAGUCUGACUCAACAUCAGAUGUUACUACAGAUAAACCAAGAUCCAAAGAAUCAAUUCAAAAGCAGAAACGGAAUAAGAAUUAUACUGGUACAUUUGAUUCAGUACUUGUGGAUUCUGCUAAUAAAUCUGGCUACAGAAAAACAGAUCGAACCGAAAAAGCAGUUAAGGAUUCUUCUGGAGAAUUCAGUGGAGUUUUCAAAGUACCAAAGGUCCCUCCAUUAAAACGGAAAUAUUCAGAGCUGGAAAAAGAGGUUUCUACUGAUCGCCAGAGGUACCCAUCUUUUAUAGCACAACCUGGUUCUUCGAAGGAAACUUCAUAUUUCAGCAAAGGCUCAAAAUCUAAAGGAUCAAAAAAAAUUCCUCGCAAAGUUCGUCGUAAAAGACUCCGGUCAGGUGUAAAACCGCAACCGAGUACUUCUAAAGAAGAAUUUGAGAUUUUUGACUUAUUCCUCCCGAGUCUUUUAUCGUGUCUGCUUGAAUGUGAUUCACAAUCUGAUUCUACGGAAGAAAAUCCAGAUCCUUUCAAAGGUUUAAGUGAGAAGGAAAUAGAGGAGCAUGCUGGCGAAGUUAUUUUUAAAAGUAUCAUGUCAAGUAUUGAAGAGCAGCCUAGUACCUCUAAAGGAGUUUCAGACCUUAGCACAGAUGAAGAAUUCAGUUAUAAAGAUGUGAUUUCUGAUCUUUUUUCCUCGAAUUCUCUGUCGUCAAUUGAAUUGGAGUGUGGUUCUUCGAAAGAAAUUAUCGAGCCGAGUGAAAUUUUAACAGAGGAACAAAUAAAAGAGAUUUCACGUAUAAUUACUUUAAAAAGUAUUCUGUCAAAUGCUGAAGAUGAGUCGUGUACCGCUGAAGAAUAUUUAGAUCUUAUGAGCGCCGAUGAAGAUUUGGAAGAAACGAAUGAGAUUUCUGCUGCGAUUUUCCCCCCAAGUUUUCUGUCAAGUAUUGAAGUGCCAUCCGAUUCUUUAAAAGAACUAACAGAUCCAAACAAAAUUUUAAGUGAUGAAGAAAUAAAGGAGAUUGCUAGCAAAAUUACUUUGAAACAUAUCCAGUCAAAUGUCAAAAUAGAGACGACUAUCUAUACGGUGGAAUCGAGUGCCUCUAUGGAGGGGAUACGUGCCUCUAUGGAUAAGCUACGUGCCUCUAAGGAGAAGCCGAGUACCUCUAUGGAGGAGCCAAGUACCUCUAUGGAGGAGCCGAGUACCUCUAUGGAGGAGCCGAGUACCUCUAUGGAGGAGCCGAGUACCUCUAUGGAAGAUUCAGAUUUUAGCUCGGAUGAAGAAUCGGAAGAAGCAGAUAAGUAUCCAUUUACAAUUGCUCACCCGAGUCUAUGGUACAGUAUGCCAAAUAGCUGUACGAUAGAGAUUUUAGAUCCAAACAAGGAAGAAUCAAGUGACGAUAACUCAAUAAUUCUUCCUCUGAGUCUUCUAAUGGAAUUUGAAGCGCUUCCUGAUUCUACGAAAGAAAUGUUAAAUUUAAUCAAAGAUUUAAAACCGGAAGGAACAAAUGAAAUUUCUGUAAUUAUUCCCCAGAGACUUUUGACAUGUGCUGAAGGGCGACCUGGCCCUUCCAGAGAAAUUUUAGACCCCAGUGAAGAUUUAAAUGAAGAAUUAAAUGAUUUUCAGAACUCAUUACUUCUUCCUCUGAAUCUUCUGAUGACAUUUGAAAAUCUUCCUGAUUCUACUAAAGAAAUGUUAAAACCACUCAAAGAUUUAAAACCGGAAGAAACAAACGAAAUUUCUGUAAUUGUUCCCCAGAGACAUUUGUCAUGUGCUGAAGGGCGAGCUGGCCCUUCCAGAGAAAUUUUAGACCCCAGUGAAGAUUUAAAUGAUGAAUCAGAUGAAGACUCAUUAAUUCUUCCUCUGAGUCUUCUGAUGAAAUUUGAAACGCUUCCUGAUUCUACGAAAGAAAUGUUAAAUCAACUCAAACAUUUAAAACCGGAAGAAACAAACCAAAUUUCUGUAAUUGCUCCCCAAAGGCUUUUGACAUGUGCUGAAGGGCGAGCUGGUCCUUCCAGAGCAAUUUUAGAUCUUAGUGAAGAUUUAAAUGAGGAAUCAAAUGAUAGUUCUGAUCUCUUUCUGCCGAACCCUCCAUCAUGUAUCGAAGCCGGAGCUGGUUCUUCGAAGGAAAAUUUAAAUCAAAAGAAUGUUUUAAAGAAGCCAGAAUCAAAAGAUAUUAUUUGGUCAUGGCGAGAUAGUUCUUCAAAAGAAGUUUUGGAUUCAAACAGUGAUAAAGAUGAUGAGGAUUCAAGCGAUAGUUCCGAUAUUUUCCCCCUGAGUUGUUCGACAAGAAGAGGAAAGCAAGCAGCUUCUUCAAAGGAAAUGUUAGAUCCAAGCAGCGAUUUAGAUGAUAGAGAAUUAAGCGAUAGUUCUGGAAUUUUUAGCACUGCAGAACGAGAUGAUUCUUCAAAUGAAAAUUCAGAUUCAAUCGAAGAUUCAAAUGAUGAAGAUUCAGACGAUAGUUCCGAAAUUUUUAGCACUGCAGAACGAGAUGAUUCUUCAAAUGAAAUUUCCGACUCGACUGAAGAUUCAAAUGAUGAAGAUCCAGACGAUGUGAGUAUGACGCAAUGCCUCUUGUCAGAUGUAGAAGAGCAACCGAGUACUUUUAAAGUCUCAGAACUUAGCGUAAAUGGAGGAUCGGAGGAAGUAAAUGAGUUGUCUGCUGUACUUGUUCCCCCGAGUGUUCAGUCAUGUAUUGAAGUGCGAGCUAGUUCUUCCAAAGAAAUUUUAGAUCCAAGCGAAGAUGUGGAAGAAUCAAAUAAGAUAUCAGUUGCUCACCAAAGUCUCCUUCCAAUUGUAGAAACACAGCCCAGUACCUCGAAAGCUGUUUUAGAACUUAUUAACGCAAUUGAAAUAGCAAAAGAAGCAGAGAAGUUGUCUCUUGCUCGUACAGUUGAUCGCAAAAGUCUUUUUGCAAAUGAAGAAUCACAACUACGUACCUCUAAAAAAGUUUUAGAUCAUAAUACAAAUGAAGGAUCGGACGAAACGAAGAAGACUUCUCGUACUUUUAUUGUUCGUCCAAGUCUUCUGUCAUACUUUUUAGAGCUUGAUGAUUCUUCAAAAGAAAAUUUAGAUCCAAGCAGGGAUUUAAAAGCCAAAGAAUCAAGUGAGAUUUCUGAUACACUUGAUCGGGAAAGUCAUUUUAAUGUAGACGCACAGCCAAAUAUCUCUCAAAGUGUUUCAUAUCUUAGCACAAAUGAAAGAUCUGAAGAAACUAAUAAGAUUUCUUCAACAUUUCCUCUUAUACGUUUCCCAUCAAAUUUGGAAGGGCACCCGAGAUCCUUCAAAGAAAUUGCAGAUCUCAGCACAAAUAUCUUCUCCUCCAGUCAUCUGACGUUUAUGGAAGAGCGACUUGAUUCUUGCACAGAAAGUGUACAUCCAAACAGAGAUUCAAAUGCGGAAGAGUCAAAUGAGACUUUCCCUACAUCAUCUGGUGAAGGUUUGUCAAAUGUAGAAGCACAACCGAAUUUCUCUAAAGAAGCAAAUAAGAUUUUUCCUAUAUUUUCUGGCGUACCUGUCUUUUCAAAUGUAGAAGCUCAGCCGAGUUCGUCUAAAGAAACAAAUAAGACUUUUUCUACAUUUCCUGCUGGAAGUUUCAUGCCAAAUGUAGAACCGCAGCCGAGUACCUCUAAAGAAGCAAAUACGGACAACAGACCAUCAAGUUAUCCUCUUAGCUGUCUUUCAUCGCAAAGCCUUCUGCUGAAAGAUCAAAGAGAAAUUCAAAGGAUGUUGCCUGGACAUUCUGCUCCAGACAUCUUGACUAGUAAUCUGCAAACUCAUCCUUCUUCUAGGAGACUUGAAAGAGGAAAAGGAGACUCUUUGCCCCCCUUGAAGAGGUCUGGUCCUAGGUCAUUGAGGAAAUCUCAGUCAUCUCUUUCGAAAAAUAUUGGAGGUUCAACUAAAAAAUUAAAUUCAAAAGUGACAAAGAAGGUUUCUCCUCCAAGCUAUUACAAGAAAUUCCCAGAUCUUUUGAAAAACAUUAUUCAAAGUAAAGGUUUAAUACCGAAAAAAUCAAAUGAGGGUGGUAUGCCGCCAUUUGUAAUGUUGCCGCCAGAAGAAUUUUUUAGAAUUCGAAAUUUUUCGCAUACUAUUGGAAAACAGAUUCCUUUUACAGUUGUCCGUGAAAAUGACCGACUGAAUUCCAGCCGGGAAAUUGUAGAAUUACAGUCACACAUGAGACAAAUAGAAUCAGGAAAGUUUAAGGUAUUUUAUGUUGAACUUGACGAUUAUAACAAUCCAGUUCCAAGUGACGAACCGCCAGCGAGACCAACAAUUUUGCAUUCUAGUAAAAUUCUAAGGAGAAAACAAAAAUAUAAGGAUGCAAUUGAAAAAUGUCGGAAGUUCGCUAUGCCAACUAUUAUAGAAGAAGAAGAAGAAGAAGAAGAAGUUUCUGCUUCUGGAGUAGUAUUUGAACAAAGCCAGUUAACAAAACCCGACCAGAAACAAGUGAAAAGUAACAAAAAUCAGGAUGUAAUUGCAAAUUGUCGCGAAUUUGCUGGGCCUGCUAUUAUAGAAGACGGCGUUUCUGCUACUGGAGUAAUAGUUGAAGGUGAACAAAGGCAGCAAUCAAGCCCAGAUGCGGAACAUAUUGGAAGAAACGAAAAUGCUACAGUUGCAAUAUGUGAGAAAUUCGCCUUACCAACCAUUACGGUAGAAUCAGGCAUUUCUGUUUCUGGGGUAGUAUUUGAGGGUGAAAAAAGCCAGCAAUCAACACCAGAUUCGGAACAAACUGAGAAAAACGAAAAUGCUACAAUUACAAUAUGUGAGAAAUUUGCCUUACCAUCCAUUACGGUAGAAACAGGCAUUUCUGUUUCUGGGGUAGUAUUUGAGGGUGAAGAAAGCCAGCAAUCAACAUCAGAUUCGGAACAAACUGAGAAAAACGAAAAUGCUACAAUUGCAAUAUGUGAGAAAUUCGCCUUACCAACCAUUACGGUAGAAUCAGGCAUUUCUGUUUCUGGGGUAGUAUUUGAGGGUGAAGAAAGCCAGCAAUCAACAACAGAUUCGGAACAAACUGAGAAAAACGAAAAUCAGGGUGCAAUUGCAAAUUGUCCAGAAUUUGCCAUGCCUGCUAUUAUAGAUGACGGCGUUUCUGCUACUGAAGUAAUAGUUGAAGGUGAACAAAGGCAGCAAUCAAGCCCAGACGCGGAACAAAUUGGAAGAAACGAAAAUAAACUGCCAGAUGUGGUGACUGGUGCUGCUCUUCAAGAGGCUAAUGUUCCAGUGUCUGAAACAUUUAUCAGGUUUUCAGCCCCAGUUAUCAAUCCCAGUUAUCAAGAAGGAAAAGUACCAGAUACCAAAGAAAAAUCUCAAGUAUUUGAAAAUAAGAAACCUCGACCUUCCGUCUCCUUUCCUUCGAUAAUAGACAAACCACCUUUUGUAGAAUUUUCCGACAACUAUUUUUCACUUAAGAGAAAAUCUACAUCUGUUGAAAAACCACCUAAGAAACGGCGAAAAGAAAAGCAUCACCAGCCAAAAGAAGUAGAGCCUGUUCCUUUUGAUUUAACUAAGAGACGAAAACGUGUGAUAGUGGGUAAUGCUCCACUAGUAGCUGACCAUUCGAUAUAUAAAUUGAAAGACACGUUUCAAUUCACCGGUGUAAAAAGAAAAGCUCCAGAUGAGAAUGUAACAUCUCAAGUUUCUGAAAACAAACGGUCACGUGUGGUGGUAGGUAGUGCUCCACAAAAUGCUGACCAUUCGGUAUCUAAAAGGAAUGGUGUGCUGCUUCAUCCCAGCUAUCAAGAAAGAAAAGUUCCAGAUCAAAAUGGAAAAUCUCAAAUACCUGAUAAUAAACGUCGGCGUGUUGCAGUUCGUGGUGCUCCUCAAAAAGCUGACCAUUCGGUGUAUAAAAGAGAUGGUAUGUUUCAUCCUAGCCAUCAAGAAAGAAAUGUACCUGAUGUUAAUGGCAAACCUCAGCUUUUCCCAAAUUAUUCAAGUUCUUCUGUUAACACGCCCUGUAGAAGCUGAAGUGGGAAAAUGAUUCGACAGAUCUUGCCAUCUUCCAAAGAAACCCAAGUCAUGUAACAAAGAUGCAUCUGUAACAUUCCAUCUGUCAUAUCUGUAAAAAUGAUUGUUUUAUUUCUCUAAAAAUACAUAUUUUGUAUAUUAUUUUUGUAAAUAAUUGAAUAAAGAUGUUCUUAUAUUUUGCAUAA